CUUCCGGUCGGGGCUACGGAAGGCUUUUCCGAGCGGCAACGGCGGAGAGACCGAGCUUCGGCGACCGGGGAGCAUCGGCUGGAGGAAAGCCGAAGGAAAUGGCCUCCGAGUCCAACAAGAAGCGGAAGCCGAAGGUGAUUCGCACGGAUGGCGGUCCACAAGAAGGCAAGCGGAGCAGAGCGGACGUUGAUCAGGAUGCCAAGUACUACAGCGAAGAGGCUGAGGUGGAUCUGCGGGACCCCAACCGGGAUUAUGAACUUUACAAACAGACCUGCCAGGAUCUUCAGAAGCUGAUGGCAGAGAUCCAGGAACUGAAGAGUAAAGGCCACAAAGACAGUGCUGCCGAGAUAGAAGAGCGACGGGUCCAGAGUUGCGUCCACUUCAUGACUCUGAAGAAGCUCAACCGUUUGGCUCAUAUUCGGCUGAAGAAGGGAAGGGACCAGACCCACGAGGCAAAACUGAAAGUGGAUGCUUAUCACCUCCAGCUCCAAAAUUUACUCUAUGAAGUGAUGCAUCUGCAGAAGGAGAUCACAAAGUGUCUGGAGUUCAAAUCCAAGCACGAAGAGAUUGAACUGGUGAGCGUGGACGAGUUUUAUAAAGAAGCCCCUCCAGAAAUCAGCAAAUCGGAUGUGACGCUCCACGACCCACACGAGCAGACCCUCUCCCGCCUCAACUGGGAACUGGAGCAGCGCAUACGGCUGGCAGAGAAGUAUAAAGAAAGUUUAGCCAACAAAGAGAAGAUUCUUAAAGAGAUAGAAGUGAAGAAAGAAUAUCUGAGCAAUCUCCAGCCUCGGCUUAACAGCAUCAUGCAGGCCUCUCUUCCUGUCCAGGAAUACUUCGCCAUGCCUUUCGACCAAGUUCACAAGCAAUACGAAACAGCCAGGCAUCUCCCACCCCCGCUCUACGUCCUCUUUGUCCAAGCGAGCGCCUACGGCCAGGCCUGUGAUAAGAAGCUGGCUGUGGCUAUUGAAGGAAACGUAGAGGAAGCAAGAGCUCUUUGCAAACCUCCGGAAGACUCCCAGGAUGACGAGAGUGAUUCCGACGUGGAGGAGGAGCAGACUACGAAACGUCGCCGACCAACUUUGGGGGUGCAGCUGGAUGACAAACGGAAAGAGAUGCUGAAGAGGCACCCUCUGUCUGUCACCAUCAACUUGAAGUGUAAAGAUGGCAGCUUGCUGCUCCUCACCUUCUACUAUUUGAUGAACCUCAACGUCCUGACCGUCAAGGCCAAGGUGACAGCAGCCACCGAGAUGACCCUGCCCAUCAGUGCUGGGGACCUGCUGUGCCCUGAUUCUCUUCUGAGCUGCCUCUAUCCUGGGGACCACGGAAAGAGAACCCCAAACCCUGCCAAUCAGUUCCAGUUUGACAAAGUGGGCAUCCUGACCCUGAACGACUACGUGGCUGAACUGGGCCACCCGUACGUGUGGGUGCAGAAAUUGGGGGGCUUGCACUUCCCCAAGGACCAGCCCCAGAAUCCUGUGAUCGCCGAUAACUCACUGAGUGCUAGCCACAUGGAGAGGACCAUGAAAUUGCUCAAAACGAGGUUGGAGUCCCGCCUUGCCCUUCACAAGCAAUUUGCUUCCCUUGAACAUGGCAUUCUGCCCGUCUCCCCUGAGUCUCAGCACCUCUUUCCCGCCAAGAUUGUGUCCCAUUUGGUGAAGUGGGUGUCCCUGACGUACGAGGAUUACUUGGAGCUGCCUUACACGAAAGACGUGGCUGGGGCCGAUUUGGCUGAAGAUACCCACCUGUAUUACUUGGCACUGAUAGAAAGAGGCACUGCCAAACUCCAGGUAGCCGUGGUGCUGAACCCCGGAUACUCCUCCAUCCCCCCCAUCUUCAGCCUGUGCUUGAACUGGAAAGGGGAGAAGACCAACACUAACGAUGACAACAUUCGGGCCAUGGAGAGUGAGGUCAACGUCUGUUACAAGGAACUCAGCGGCCCCAAGCCGGGCUAUCAACUCCUCACCAACCAGUUGCAACGCCUUUGUGUUGUCUUGGAUGUGUACCUGGAGACCGAGACGCACGACAACAGCGUGGAAGGACCCAAGGAAUUUCCCCAGGAGAAGAUGUGCCUGCGCCUGGCCAGGGGUCCCAGCCGGUUGAAGCCCUUCAAAUACAACCACCCUCAAGGCUUCUUCAGCCAUCGCUGAGCCCACUAGGCCUCACUUCCUUAAGCGAACGGAUUUAUUUUGGAUCUGGAGCUGGUGCAUUUGGGAUGGCAUUUCAGCUUUGUUCCUGCUGAAGCCGCGCUGGAGAAGACAGCCAGGCAGCUGCAACCGUUCCUUCAUCUCUCGUGAAAGUCAUUUUGAAGGAAUUAAAAUUAAAUAAAAGAUG